AUUCUUUGAUAAGUUACAUUAUAUAGAACGAAUUAUAUAUAUUAUAUAUGGAAUAAAAACACUAAAUUUUAUUAGACGAAUGCUAUAUUAAAAGUGGGUUAUGACACGGGGAAUUUCAAAAUAGUCUGAAAUGGAUUCGACAACUUUAAAAGAAGUGAAAUAUAUCCCAGAAAAACCCGAUAUCCUAACAUCUGAUACAAAGGUACAAGAAUUCAAGCCGGAGAAUGGGGAAAAGUCUGAUACUUUAUAUCUGGUAGCUAUAGUUAUUGGAGGUUCAAUGUUGGCAGUUUUAUCUGGAGAAGCCUACGUUUGGACUUCUGCUGUAAUACCAACUUUAAAAUCUAAUAACACUGAAGAAAAUCCACUUGGUCGGAGUAUAACCGUCCUGGAGUUAUCGUUGCUUGCCGGUUUACCAUCUUUAUCGAUGUUGUUUGGCGCUUUGAUACAUGGUUAUGUUUCGGAAAAAAUAGGAAGGAAACGUACACUCCAAUUAGCAGGAAUUGGAAUUGUUUCCUCUGCAAUAUCUAUUGCUUUCAGUAGAAAAAUAAUACUCAUGAUCAUAAUUCGGUGUAUAUGGUUCUUUUUCUUUAUGGGCGGGUUAACUGUUUAUCCAAUUUAUGUAACAGAAAUAUGCGAGGAUCAUAAUAGGGCCAGAUAUGGAUGUCUGUAUUCCGCUUUUCUACCUGUAGGUAAUCUCCUUGGCUACUCUUUAGGAUCAUUGUUUUCAUUUAGAGAUUUCACUUUGAUAGGAACAUUACCAUUUCUAAUUUUCUUGUUCUUCUUCUUUUUUGCGCCCGAAUCUCCUGUUUAUACAUUAUCUCAAUGUAAAAAAGAUAAAUGCAUUCGUACAUUAAGAAAACUCAGGAAUAAUAAAACUGAAAAAGAGAUCCAUGAAGAUUUUAUUAAAAUGGAGGCUACCAUAAAAGCUAAUGCUAGUGGAAAGAAACCAAAUAUAUUAUCUCUAUUUGAAACAAAAGAAAGAAGAUAUAGUUUGAUGUUAGGUAGCACGCUCAUAUCUUUACACAUGUUUUGUGGAAUAGGCAUCAUAUUACCUUUUAUGGAACCUAUAUUCCUUGCAGCUGGUACCAAAUUUGAUAGUAGUAGUAUGCCUAUUUAUGUAGCAGCAGUAAAAAUAAUCAGUUUUUUACUAACAUCAUUGGUUAUUGAAAAAGCGGGGAAAAGGUUGAUGUUAUUAAUUUCGUCUAUAGGAAUUGGCGUACCUUUAUUUGUAUUAGGUUUAUUCUUCCAUUUAAAAGCAGUCGAUUCUCCAUUUAUCUUACAAUUGCAAUGGUUACCGUUAGUUUGCAUAAUAAGUUAUAUCAUAUUUUUUUCUUUGGGCGUUGGACCGGUACCAGGUGCUAUAAUAGGAGAGUUCUUCACGUCAGAUUUACGAGCAGCAGGUUUAUCCGUCGCGAUGACAUUCUUGGGAAUCUUAUCAUUUUUAUCAUCGUUCACGUUUCCUAUUAUAGUUGAAAAAUUCGGUAUGCAGUGGUGUAUGUGGCUGUACAGUAGUUUUUGUGUAUUGGGGGCCAUAUUUAUAUAUUUAUUUAUACCAGAAACUAAAGGAAAAACUUUGAUAGAAAUACAAGAUUAUAUUAAAUCACGUUGUCAAAAAUAGAAUGAGAGUUUUUACUCUAAAAACCGGCGAUAUUACUUUGAAGUAUUUUUAAAUAAUAUAGAAAAGGUAGAACUAAAUUAUUUAUUUUCUGUGAUAAGAAAAUUGUAUUUGUUUAACUAUUGUUGAUUUAGAACAAUGUAAUUUUGAGAUCUUUUAAAAUAAAUUUGUUUGUUUUGA